CAAGCUCUUUCGUUCUAUAAAUGCAGGAGCUUCACGGGCCUCCUUUUUCCCACACAAAAUUUUCAAAUCCCAAAAACAACGAUCCGAAUAUUCAAAAUUCAGAAAAGCUCACCGACUGGAAAGAGAAACUGAAUCUCCAAAAGGAAAAGGCAGAGGCGAAAAAUUCAUAAACUUUUUGUAAAAAAUUUGAACUUUUGAAUUCAAUUUUAUUUUUUUCUCACCUUUGGGCUUAAUUUCUGUUUGGCUACAAAGAAAAUGGCGUUGAGCAUGACGCACCAGAUCAGCGCGCUCUCCGGGACUCCGAUUAGGACACCCGACGCCAGCUCAUCAUCCGUGGAAUCGGUCAGCGCGUCGCCAAUGUGGAAGUCUCCGGCGGCGGGUCUGACUUGCAAAAUUCAGAAGCCGGAAAGGGUUGACGGGCUGUCGCCGCCGUUGAGUCCGUGCAGAUCGCCGGUUCUCGGGUCGAGCCGGCCGGAUCUGUCCAUGGCGUGCAGGGCGUUCGCGACGGGCGGAAUCGCCGGUCUGGAGCACCAGGUGAGGGGUGCGCACGAUAAGGGGACGGGAGUGCCGGUUUACGUGAUGAUGCCGUUGGACAGCGUGACGAUGCACAACUCGGUGAAUCGGAAGAAGGCGAUGAACGCGAGUCUGCAGGCGCUUAAGAGCGCUGGGGUGGAGGGUGUGAUGAUGGACGUAUGGUGGGGGUUGGUGGAGAGGGACGCGCCCGGCGCGUACAAUUGGGGCGGGUACGCUGAGCUUCUCGAGAUGGCGAGGAAGCACGGUCUCAAAGUACAGGCUGUGAUGUCGUUUCAUCAAUGUGGCGGGAACGUCGGUGACUCCGUCACCAUUCCUUUACCCAAAUGGGUUGUGGAGGAGGUCGAUAAAGAUCGAGACCUUGCAUACACUGAUCAGUGGGGAAAGAGGAAUUGCGAGUAUUUAUCGCUGGGCGCUGAUACCCUCCCGGUCCUCAAGGGCCGCACGCCGGUCCAGUGCUACGCGGACUUGAUGCGUGCCUUCAGAGACAACUUCAAACACCUUCUUGGUGACACCAUUGUGGAAAUCCAAGUCGGAAUGGGUCCAGCAGGUGAGCUGCGUUACCCUUCGUAUCCAGAAUCGAAUGGGACAUGGCAAUUUCCAGGAAUUGGCGCCUUCCAAUGUUUUGACAAGUAUAUGCUCAGCAGCUUGAAAGCUGCUGCUGAAGCUGCGGGUAAGCCAGAAUGGGGUAGCACAGGCCCCACUGAUGCAGGUCACUAUAACAACUGGCCGGAAGAUACCCCAUUUUUCAGAAAAGAAGGUGGAGGCUGGAACACUACUUAUGGUGAAUUCUUCCUCGGCUGGUACUCUCAGAUGCUCUUGGACCACGGUGAGAGGAUACUUACCUCAGCUAAGUCCAUCUUCGAGGAGGCCGGUGUGAAGAUCUCAGUAAAGGUUGCAGGUAUCCACUGGCACUACGGGACCCGGUCCCAUGCCCCCGAGCUCACAGCAGGGUACUACAACACACGAUUCAGAGAUGGUUACAUUCCUAUUGCGCAAAUGCUAGCACGCCAUGGUGCCAUCUUCAAUUUCACUUGCGUUGAGAUGCGCGACCACGAGCAGCCACAGGAAGCUCAAUGUUUACCAGAGAAGCUUGUUAGGCAAGUGGCUAUGGCUACACAGAAAGUAAACGUACCACUUGCCGGUGAAAAUGCUCUGCCAAGGUACGAUGAUUACGCACACGAGCAGAUCUUGGAAGCAUCAUCUUUGAACGUUGAGGGCAACACCCAAGGCAACCAGAUGUGCGCGUUCACAUACUUGAGGAUGAACCCGCACCUGUUCCAGCCCGACAACUGGAGGCGUUUUGUGGCGUUUGUGAAGAAAAUGAAGGAAAAGGGUAGCCACAAGUGCAGGGAAGAGGUGGAGAGGGAAGCGGAGCAUUUCGUGCACAUUUCAACACCUUUGGUGCAGGAGGCUGCUGUUGCUCUGAUGCACUAAGAAAUUCAGGAUAAGGCUAUUAGCUAGGUUGUUGCUUCUACCGCAGUCAAAACUAGCGAUAAGUCCUAAAACGCACGGUGGUUUACAAGGUACAAACAUAACGGCAAGAACAGUUGCUGCUCCAUUCCCUGGUUAAUUUCUCCGUAGCUGAUCAAUUCAAGUUGUGGCUAUGGAAAAUGAGUAGGGGUGUGGCGUGUGUGUACCAUAAGAUUUUGGGGGGUAAAUGUAGGGAUUGUUGUAUCAAUACCCCCAAAGAAGUAUAUCUAUCCUCUUGAUUCAACAUGAUCUUACACGAAUCAUGUAUGGUUUCCUCUUUCCUGUACAAGUGUUGAAACGUACAAUGCCAUUGGUCAAAUAAGAUGUUACACUCUUCCAUCUAUGGCUAUGGAACUGUGCUUUUCGUA